GGUUUAUAAUAAAAUGAUGUUUUGGACGUGCGGCCGGCUAAAGGGUGGCGCUUGCGCCUCCCCCGACCACCCCGGGGGGUUGUAACCUGGAGGGGGUGCCGUCCGGACGACAGCGGGUCUUUCCAGCCGCAUCACCGUGUCAGUAUGAUAUCCUCCAGAUGGAGGGCAGCAGCCUCGGGGAGACUUGGAAACGUGUCGGCUCAUGGCGAGGGCCGAUGGGCGAACCACCCUCGAGAAGAAGGGAGGAAGCAGCAGCUCUAUUGAAUCUACAGAAGAGAGUCGGUACCGAGGGAAUGACAAGGAUCAGCCCCCAGCAGCAGCAGGCACAAGCAGCGGCUAUCGCAGCAGCUCAGCAACGCGGCAACAGGCCCCAUCUACUUCUAAAGAUCCUGAGCAACAGGCCGGGAAUCGUUGCCGAAGAAGAAGAAAAGAAUACAGACUGGCUCGACUCGGAUUUCAUAGCGGAGUGCCUUUGCUGGCAUAACGUCUACAGGCAGAGGCACGGCGUACCGGUACUUUCUCUUUGCCCGCAGAUGUGCGAAAAGGCGCAGUCCUGGGCCAACCACCUGGCCCAUACGAAUUCCUUUUUCUACAGAAACGACAAGGACGUUGGGCAGAACCUGUUCUGCAGGUUGACCAACUCCCUACAGACCGACGUUACCGGCCAGGAGGUCGCAUCCUACUGGUACAGUGCGGUAAGGCAGUACAACUAUUUCAAGGAACCCGACAUCCUCCAUGCGAACGUCAAUGCAGGUCAUUUCACACAAAUGGUCUGGGCGUCGACGCGAAAGUUCGGAGUCGGAAAAGCUGCCUCCAGGGCGGGUAAAAUCCUCGUCGUCGCACAUUACUGGCCCCCUGGAAACAUUUCCGGCCAAUUUCAGGAAAACGUUCUUCCUCCUCUACCAGAGACGGAAACCGACUCCGUAUCGGGGAGCGACUCUUCGGCAUCAAGGUCUACCGGGGAAUACCCCACAUAGUGCUGUAUCACACAUUUUUAUAUGUAAAGAAACGUCAAACAAUCAGUACAAGACUUAACUUGCUGCUUUUGGCGCUUCGACUCAAAAGAAACAAUUCCAAAUAUUCAUAAGAUUUAAGAAAUAUGACAGUUAUUACAGUUUGUUUUUAAAUUUAAUAAGUGCUCGCGUCAAUUGUUCUACCAAGAACAAUCCAAAAUGAUACGAAAGGUUGCCAAUUAGGUUUUAAACUUAUAAAAGAAAACUGUAUAAAAAAAGACAGUGAUACGUAUAAAGUGCUUUUUAUACCACACUCAUAUAAAAAAGUUUUUACUUUUUUAACAAGUGGUGAAUUAUAUUCUCUGAAAAAUCGGCUUAUUUAGUAAACAAAAGUGCUCACGCUUGGCAAUCACACUAAAGGCAAAACGCCUUUUUCAUGUCCAUAUUUCUUUUUUGGAAGUAUGCAAAAGAAAUUGAUAAAUAUUAGUAAAAAAAAUUGUUUGACUGGAAGAAUGAAUUUUCUUUAGACUAGGCUAAAAGCUUUUAUCAAUGACAAAUUUUGAAAAGUUAUUAGAUAGAUUAAAAAAAUACCUCUUCAUCAUAUUAUGUUAUAAAAAUAAAUUUAAUAAAUUGGAGAGAAUUUUUUAAAAAUAGAUUUCCGACCAUUACAAAUAAUUAAAAAAUAAUAAUUUUAAAUUACAAAAUUUCAGUCUAUUUGAAAAUACACCAAGCAUAAAAUGAUAAAUAACUCAAUAAAAAUGAUAUAUUUUAUACCAAUUACACUCAUUAUAAUUCAAACAUAUUACAUUAACAUUGAUCAAUUUACGGACGGGAAAGAUAGAAAAAAUCCAUUGUUCAGUAAAAUCUUAAAACUAUUGUGUCUCAACGUUAUUUUUAAGGUAAGAAAAUUUUUUUAAAAUUGAUAUUCAUUGCUAAACUGUUAAUUUACAGUAUGACAAAAUAAUCCGACAGAUUUUCUAAUGAUUUCAAUGGAUUUGAAUAAAUUUGGGCUUCUAUAAAAAUUAAAAAGAUUUAUAAAAAUUCGGAAGAUUUCCUGUAAAGUAUUUCAAGAAAGAUUUUAUUAAAAAUAUAUUUGUAGCAGUUGGAUAAAAAUGGCCAGUUUUUUAUUGAAAAAUGUUAUCAAUAAUUAAUUAUUUCAAGCUAAAAUCAAUUUAAUGAUAUUUUUUAAGAAUUACAAGUAAUCUGGAGUUACUCAAUGAUCAAAUCAAUUUUAAGAGUAACUAUCAACUAAUAUAACGAAAACAACACUCUUUAAUAAUUUUGUGUAUUUUUCUUUUCAUAAAAAAAUAAUAAAAAUAUAAGCAAACGUUAUUUUGGAAGACAGUUUUUUGCAGAAAAGGCAAAACCGUUUGGAGUCUAAAAAUACAAUUUUUUCGUUAUCAGCUUUGUUGUACAAUUAAUGCCGAAACACAACGUGGCAAUUAGAAUCACACGUCUUCCAAAUUUAAGCAUGUACGUGCACAAUUAAAGUAAUAGAUCAUACAGUUUUUAAAACUGUUUGAAAAUAAAGAACCGUAUUUUUUUUAUUAUUGGCCUGUUUGCAAAUACACAGACGAGUACAAAUUUUAAAAAAUAAAUCAUUUCUGUUUUAGUUAUUAAUAGUGUUUUUUAUUGUAGCUUGAGGUUUUAUUUUG